AUGGCAGAUUGUACGAUGCCACACUAUCACAUCAUUUACCCUAACGUUUGGCUGGAGGGGGGCCAUACUUUAGAUGAGGUGGGGAGAUUAAUCAUGAAGCAAGUGACCGAAAACUCGCUGGCUGGGUUGUCAUCUGAAGAUACAAUCUUCACCAUCAACAAGAUUCCAGCACUGUUAAUGAUCGACAACGUCAAGUUUUAUUGGUAUUUCCAGAUACCUGGUGACCCAGUCUUACCAGAUCAAGUGAAAUAUUUAAUUUGCCCUGCAUUAUUCCGUCGACUAUCAUUAGCAAUCUCAUGCUACAAUGCUCAUGAUGAUGAUGAUGAUGAAGAAAAAGAUGAUGAAGAGGAUAAUGAAGAAGAAGAUGAUAAAGAAGAAGAUGAUGAAGAGAAUAAUGAAACAAUAAUUGUUUCUUCAUCUUCAUCUCAGAUGAGCGAUUCGGGGUUGAGUGAUAUCUCUUUUGAUGAUGAUGACACUUUGAUGGAAGCCUGUCUGAUGCUGGAGGAUCUUGAUCAGUCUCUUACUAUUGACGAGGCUGAUUUUGAAGAUGAUGACAUCAGCUAUCAGUUGGAGCAGACAGCAGCUUCUGAUCAAGAAUCAUCAACAUUCAUCCAGUCUCAGUCAUCCAACUUCUCAGACAGUCAAGGUCAAUCAACAUUCAAUCAAUCUCAGUCAUUCAAUUACUCAAGCAUUCAAGAUUCAUCAACAUUUAUCCAACCUCAAUCAUUCAAUUACUCAAGCAUUCAAGGUCAAUCAACAUUCAAUCAGCCUCAGUCAUUCAAUUACACUAACAUUCAAGAUUCAUCAACAUUUAUCCAACCUCAAUCAUUCAAUUACUCAAGCAUUCAAGGUCAAUCAACAUUCAAUCAAUCUCAGUCAUUCAAUUACACUAACAUUCAAGAUUCAUCAACAUUUAUCCAACCUCAAUCAUUCAAUUACUCAAGCAUUCAAGGUCAAUCAACAUUCAAUCAGCCUCAGUCAUUCAAUUACACUAACAUUCAAGAUUCAUCAACAUUUAUUCAACCUCAAUCAUUCAAUUACUCAAGCAUUCAAGAUUCAUCAACAUUUAUCCAACCUCAAUCAUUCAAUUACUCAACCAUUCAAGAUUCAUCAACAUUUAUCCAACCUCAAUCAUUCAAUUACUAA